AGACAGUUAGUGAUAAAAGAAGAGCAUUUUAUUCGCGGGGGUUGUUAUGAAGGUCUUGCUCGUGACGCUACUUUACAAAAGCGAGAAGAGCAACUGGCAAGCUCGAGAUCAAUACUUCUGUAGCUAGCCGCAAUGUACUAGCGAUUUCUCCUGUCAUUGUUUAAAGUCCGUUUGAUUUAAUUCAUUUUUUUUUUAAAGUUAUACUUUUAAAUCGUGAACAUUUCAGCUGGGGAAAUUCCCUACAGAAACGUUGUUUACAAGUGAAUUUAUGGAGUUGAAUAAUGCAGUGAAGAAUAGAAUAAGUUCAAGAGGAGUGAGAAUGGCGUUUGAUCGAUUCCAGAGUGCAUCAUCAGGUUCAGACUCAUUCUUUUCCUCAAAUAAGCAUCAGACCUGUGGAACUGCGGACAAUGAAAGACUCUUGCAGCCGUACAUCCCCUUACCCGAAUUCUCAUUGUCAGAAGAACCUCCCAUGUCCUACACACCCUGGUCUGCACAGGAUGAUCCAUACCAACUCAUUAAUUGCACCCAGAACAAUGUUCAAAGCAGGAAUCUCCCCGAUGGAAAUGACUGUGGAAGUGAAGCUGAUCUCUAUGGGCUGGUGUCAAAUAUCUUGGAGGAGGCUGAUCAAAUGGACAGUUACUAUACUGAAGAGACAUUAUCCCAACUGAAAUCUGUCUGGUCUCCCAAGUCAAUGAGCGACGAUUGCCAGCAGUACUUCCAAUCAGAGUCCAAAGUGCAGUCCAACUUUCUGCCGAACCAUGUUUACCCUGAGUCUUUCAGUAAAACACAAGGGCAGCCAAUGAACAGAGGUUCCGAAGAGUUCUACCAGCGUUUCAAUGGCUUUGAUACCAGUGACCAGCAGUGGCUCCUCUCUUCCUGCAAUGGAGGCAUGGACACUAGAUACUCUCUACAGACCCAAGAGCUGCCGAAGCCGCCGGGGCUACCACUGCCCAAUGUGGGGAACGCCUACCGUUCAAACACGAGGCCGAGUAAACACGAGUACAACACAGCUGAGAAGGUUGGAGGGUUCUGUGGGUCUGGGAACGCUCUUUCUGACCACAUGGAUGCUUUUGCACCCUCCUUCUGCCCCCAGAGCAAGAUUAAUAGCCAGUGCUUUGACCACUACUAUGAAGAGUUCCCAGGCCAGAUCAGCGCCAAGCCCAGAAGGACCAAGCAGUACACCAUGCAAGAGGUCAACAAGCUGGCCAGCAACAUCCAGACUCUGAUGGUGGGUGAGCAGGACAACGCAUGUGGUAGGGAGCCCCAGAAACGGCAGAGUGUGCAGAUGCAGUAUGACAACAUCAUGGCCGAACAGAGGAACUUCUCCAACACCAGGAUGCCUGGGCAAAGCACUCAAGCCAUGCAGUUUAAGAAGGAACUAGGAGGGGAGUAUGGAGCCAUGCAGAGGGAGACUGAUGGAGGAAUGAAGAGCAAAGAGCUGCUACAGAGUGACUUUGAUUCCAAAGACUUAUCUGGAUUUGGUCCACAACACCUUGAGUAUUUCCAAAAAACAAAAUCACUCUCAGCGUCUUUCAAUCCUACAAUUUCUCACCAAAACAAGAUGGCUGUCCAGAAAGGAAGCAAUCCCCUCUCUACGGGCCUGAGUCUGAACCAGUACCAUUAUAGCCAGCAGAACCCGUUGCAGAACAAACUCCAGCAGCAGCAUCAGCAGCCAGUGGGAAACUGUUUUUCCUCUCGGCCGUCCAAGAUGCUGUCCCACUCUGUGUCUGAGUUUGUACCUCAGCACUCCCACCAGAUGCAGAGAGGACCACCACCGUGCAUCCAGGACUACAGUCAGGGGGACGGGCCCAGCCUCCACAGCAGCAGGGCAGGACAGAACCAGGUCAGGAUGGGCAUGGGCGGGCUGAGGAGGGGAGCCAGCGACAGUGACUUUGAGAUGCAGCUGGACAAGAGCAGGAUGCACAUGGCUGGGCUGGUGGCUGAUGGCUGCUCGCCCACUCAGUGCUUGGAUGGGAAGACAAGGCCCCAGACCAGCACUCACAUGACAGGAGACGGGGACAAGAAGCAGGGGCUCCUGCAGAACCCUUACCUCGACCUACUCGGCAGCAUGUAUGGCUCUCAGAGAUUCGGUGGAGGAAACGGCACAGUCAACGCAGGGAAGAACCCAACCUUUCUGCCUUGCAUGUAUCAGGCUGUUAAUGACCCCAGACAGAACUCCUGCCACAUGUCUUUGAACUCUGCCAGCAUCAACUCCAGAUCCUCCUUCCCCUACGGCGGUUCCAUCCCCCCCAUGGACCUGUGUGACCUGCUGCCAGACGGGGAGUUUGCAGCUUUCAACCCUUACCUCAAUGACAUGAUGGGCUCCAGUGGAGAGAACCCCUACCCAGGGAUGAUGGGAGGCCUCCGCUCCCCGAGGAUAAUGAGGAACCGUGGAGGACCCAUGAGCCAGCUCCACUUCCACCUGGAGGAGUGCUAUGAGCAGUGGAGAGUCCUGGAGAAGGAGAGAAAGAAGACAGAGGACGUCCUUACCAUGAGUUAUCCUGGAAAGCGGAUUUCUGUGGUGACCACCAAUGCCCUCCCCAAAAUCCCACCUAACCCUUCCAGAGUGGACCGUCUCAUCGUGGAUCAGAUCCGAGAACAAGCCAAGGUGGUGAGCCUUCUGGGUAAAAUGGAGCGUCUGCGUAGCUUCCCCCUCCAUGCCAAUAUUUGUUCAGCGCUGGACAGACACCUCGAGGCUAUUUACAUUACCCAGGCCAGACGCAAGGAGGAAUUUGUCAACACUUCAAACCGUCAGAGACAGGCCAGCACACAUUUCAGAGAGGACAGAGAUAUACUGCUACUUGCUACAGCACUGAGGGGUCUGUGUUUGACCACAAGGAAGUCCCGCACUGCCCUGUGGUGUGCCCUACAGAUGACCCUACCCAAGUCCAACACGGACAAGCUGGAUGAGCAGAGCACCUCUGAGGAGACCAGCCCAGGGAGAACACUUAUCCAGUUCUGAUGCCACUGAGCCACCCUAUGGUUCACAUGUGACACUCACGUUCAUGCUAUAGAUGUGGCUGAGAGCAAGACCAGUGAGGAGCAUUAGGCCAGAUGAAAUUUUGAUCACAUCAUUAGACAGAACAAAAGGAAUUCUUGUAUGUAGGCUCAGUUUGAGCAAAUAGAGGAAAUUAAUAAUUUUUUGGAGAUUAUCAGUCUUAUUUAAAAUCUAUCCUAAAGCAGGUGGUUCAGAGCAAUGUAAUGAGAUAACCAGGGGUGCAUUUAUUUUAAAUGGCAGUACAAUUCUAUUAUGCUGUUAAAUUGAGAAUCCCCAUAAUCCCUUCAGCCCCAGUAAUUCCCUGUUAACGAGCUUCUAUUAGGAACAUGAGAGAGAGCAGAGCCUGAUCAGAUAUGUUGGUGGUGAUAACUGUAGAAUAUACAGUAUUACAUUCAUCAGUAUUGUCAACUACCUUAGAGCUAGGGUCCUUGCAGUCAUUGCAAGGAAAAUGAGUUUAAUUGACCUUAGUGGCCACAAAUGUACAAUUUGAUUGAUAGUUGCUCUUGGGCUAGGGGAAUUCAUAAUAUGAAAUGUGUUAAGGCUUAAUUUAUCUUCAAAAUCACCACAUUUUGUGAUUAGGGUCAUCGAAAAUAAUGGGAAUCUUGGAAAGGCCGAAUAUUAUUUAAAGACACUAUUUAUAAUUAUUAAAACAUGGCAGUCAUUUGAAUGUUUUCCUGAUUGUUUUACUUAUUUAUUUGAAUGUGAUUUGACAUUCAGUUCUCUAAUAUGCUUCUUAACAACCAAUAAUUGUGGAUAAGUGAUCAUUGCCUCUUAAGUUGAGUGGAUAUUGCAAUGGGAACCACUUUUCUGUCAUAUUCCAUGUUAACAUACCAAUCAAUCGUCAACUUGAAGCAUUGUGUUUCCUCGGUUUACCUGAAAAGCAACAUAGUCAGUGUAUUGUUUUUACUUACUCUCAGUAGGUUAGAAAUUUGGACUGGUCAUGCAUUGAUGUUAAUUAAAUCUUAUGUUAUUCUUAUUUUGAAUUUAGUUCUCUGAAUGUUAAUCAAGCUGCAUUAAAGCUCAUUUCAAAACAUAAGAAUUAAGUUUGAUGGACACAUACUAUCAAUGACAUAAUACACACUCGUAAGACAGGUGGCAAACAUGUUCAAACCCCUGUAUUUUUAAUGUUCCUGUUUGAAAUGGUAUGUUUCACGAUAAUUGUUUGUUUUAUUAAUUCAAAAAACAAUAAAGCUCUUUAAAAUGGCA